AGCAACAAAGACCCAGCACAGCCAAAACAAAAUUAAAAAAAAAAAAAGAAAGAAAGACAGCAGGUGUCCUUCAAGGCCACAGAGCAACAGAACCGAAAGGCUCUGUGGCAUGUUGACAAAACCUGGCCCCUCCUCUGCUUCUCCUCUCUUCCUAUUGGGCAGGUUGGUCAUGUGACCUCCAUUAGGGUCCAGGGUGCACAGGCUUCAGUACUUGUGGCUCACCGUUUACUUGCUCUGUGGCAUGUGGGAUCUUAGUUCCUGAACUGGGGAUCGAACCUCUGUUCUCUGCAUUGCAAGGCAGAUUCUUAACCACUGCACCACCAGGAGAGCCCCAGAGGGCAUCUGUUCUUGAUGACUGUAGUGGGACCUGUGGUCCCACCACAGGUGCCAGGGAGGCUGGGAAGAUGGAGAGGAGCACACAGAUAUUUGGGGACCCCUCUUUGAUGGCACUAGUGAUACAGAACCUGCCUGCCAAUGCAAGAGAUCUGAUGAAGUGCUCGUGAAGGACCAUGAUGGCAACAGAGGAGGCUGCAAGCUGCCAGGUGCCCCGCCGGCCCUGGGCAUCCAUCCUGAGGGUGACUAUCUCGGUGCUUCUUAGCACAGGCACAUGCUACCUCGUCUGCAACCUGUGCUUCAGCCAGCAGCAGCAGCUGGAUUCAACCAGGUGGGACUUAGCAGAGCUCCAGCUGAAUCACACAGGGUCACGGCAGGACCCCAGGCUGCGCUGGCAGGGGAGCCCCGCCCUGGGACGCUCCUUCUUGCAUGGGCCAGAGCUGGACGACAACGGGCAGCUGCAGAUCCAACGUGAUGGCAUUUAUAGGCUGCACAUCCAGGUGACAUUAGCCAACUGCUCCUCCUCCGUGUGGACCGCCGAGCCCCAGAGAGCUACGCUGACGGUGGCCAUCUGCUCCCCUGCCGCCCACAGCAUCAGCCUGCUACGCCUCAGCUUCCACCGCGGAGGCUGCUGGGUCGCCUCCCAGCGCCUCACCUUUCUGGCUCGCGGGGACAUUCUCUGCACCAACCUUACUCUGCCUCUGUUGCCUUCCAGAAACGCUGAUGAGACUUUUUUUGGGAUUCAGUGGGUGCGCCCUUGACCCUGGCACUUCCUAGCCCAGGUUUUUAAAUACUUUUUUUUUCUCUUUCUUUCUCUUUCUUUCUUUUCUUGCUCUCUUCUUCUUUCUCUUUAUCUUUCCUUUUCUUUCUUUUUCUUUAUCUUUGUUUCUUUCCUUGCUUUCUUUUC